AUGAAACGGAAUUUUUCAUUUUCUUUCUCCAACAUCUCUUUGAUUGAAAAUGAUGACCAAUUUCAAAAACUCGAAUUCGCUCUCAAAACGGCCAUUGAUUACACGGAUUCCGAGGGGGAAAUCGAGGAGAAAAAUCGAGAGGAAAACGAGGAGAAAGUUUUCACGUUUCCGCCCGCCACCGAUUUGGAGUUGAUGGAGAAAAUGAAAGACAAGCCGAUUUCGUUCUAUUUCGACAAGAAGAACCUUCCCGAUGCGAUUCUUCGUCCAUAUCUGCCCGAUUUGAAACGCCGAAUGUUUGAUUUGGAGAAUCGCGUGAAGCCAAUCGAGAAUCGUCUCUGGCUUUUGGAUCGGCCCGAUCGAUCACUGGAAGAGGAUCGAUUUGAGAUUCUCUGUGAAGUACUCGACAAGGCUUGCCAGGGAUUCGAGAUUCUUGACGAACAUGUGGACCACAACAUUCCCCUCGGUCACCGCGUCGUUCUCGAGGCACAGCUUUUGGGGGUCAUUGAGAGGAAGUUUGAUCAAAUCGAGAAGAUUCUCGACGAAUUCCACAAGCUGAAGAACGAUCGCGAUGGGGUGAAUAAUGAAAGAGAGUUCCUCCGCUACGAGAUUCGCGCGUGUGACAUGGAAUGGACGGAGAUUCAUGAGAGAUUCCUCAAAUCGUAUCUCGAUAUGGAUUGG